UAAGAAUUGUUCAAACUUUAGUGUUCAUAGAUCUAUGGAAUUUAAUAAGUUUUAAAUUUAAUAUUUAAUUAUUUAAAGAAGUUCUAUUUUUCUAUGCAAGUGUUAUCUUGUCCGAGUGUUUCUGUGAAAACAUUUCAAUGAUUUAAUGUUUUGUGUUGGGUUAGUCUAAAACAAUUUAAUCGAGAUCGUUUAUUUCAAUAUAAAUUUAUUACACAAAAUGUCGUCCAUUGAACAGCCAUGCUACACUUUAAUCAAUAUCUCCAAUGAUAGUGAAAUGCCAAAUGAAAUGCAACUCAAAGCAGAUUUGGAAAAAGGGGAUUGCAAAACAAAAAUUGAUGCUUUGAAAAAAGUUAUCCAGAUGAUUGCUAAUGGUGAAAGACUGCCAGGACUGUUAAUGAUUAUCAUUCGAUUUGUUUUGCCAUUACAAGAUCAUAUGAUUAAAAAGCUUCUUUUAAUAUUUUGGGAAAUUGUACCCAAAACAACACCAGAUGGCAAAUUAUUACAAGAAAUGAUAUUAGUUUGCGAUGCAUAUCGAAAGGAUUUGCAACAUCCAAAUGAGUAUUUGAGAGGUUCGACACUUCGCUUUUUAUGUAAAUUGAAGGAGCCUGAAUUAUUAGAACCAUUAAUGCCAGCAAUAAGGACAUGUCUCGAACACCGUCAUUCAUAUGUUAGACGUAAUGCUGUUCUUGCAAUAUUUACUAUUUACAGGAAUUUUGAAUUCUUGAUUCCUGAUGCACCUGAGCUAAUAGCUAAUUUCCUUGAUGGUGAGCAAGACAUGUCAUGCAAAAGAAAUGCUUUUAUGAUGUUGCUACAUGCUGAUCAAGAGAGAGCACUUACAUAUCUUGCAUCUUGUCUGGAUCAAGUUGCUUCAUUUGGCGAUAUCCUUCAACUUGUCAUUGUUGAGCUUAUUUAUAAAGUUUGUCAUGCAAAUCCGUCAGAAAGAUCUCGUUUUAUUCGAUGUAUAUACAAUUUGCUAAAUUCUAGUAGUCCAGCAGUUCGUUAUGAAGCUGCAGGAACUUUGGUCACAUUGUCAAAUGCACCGACUGCAGUCAAGGCAGCAGCAUCAUGUUACAUUGAAUUGAUUGUGAAAGAGAGUGAUAAUAAUGUGAAACUUAUCGUUUUGGAUCGUCUAAUAGCGCUUAAAGAACAUCCUUCUCACGAAAGAGUACUACAAGAUUUAGUUAUGGAUAUUUUGAGAGUGUUGUCUAGUACAGACUUAGAAGUUCGAAAGAAAACCCUUAACUUAGCUAUGGAUCUUGUAUCGUCUCGUAAUAUUGAAGAAAUGGUGUUUGUUUUAAAAAAUGAAGUUGAAAAAACUCAUAAUCUUGCAGAACAUGAAGAUACUGGUAAAUACAGACAAUUGUUAGUCCGCACGCUGCAUUCAUGUUCAAUUAAGUUCCCUGACAUAGCUGCUACUGUCAUACCUGUUCUUAUUGAAUUCUUAUCGGAUAAUAUAGAAUUAGCCGCUACUGAUGUUAUGGUGUUUUUGCGGGAAGCCAUUUAUUUGUUUGAGUCACUACGCCCUCUUAUCAUUCAACGCUUGUUAGAAAUUUUUCAGGCAAUUAAGUCUGCAAAUGUGCAUAGAGCAGCUUUAUGGAUUCUUGGGGAGUUUGCAAAUUCACAAGAAGAUAUCGAAGCUACCGUUGAGCAAAUCAAAACAUCACUGGGUGAUAUGCCUUUAGUUGAAGACGAAUUAAAAAAAGCUGCUGGAGAUGAAGAAAAUAAUGAAGAGAGUGGAAUGAGUGGAGGUUCACAAUUAGUUACAUCAGAUGGAACUUACGCUACACAAUCAGCAUUUAUCAGUCAUAGUUCGUCUCGUAAUGGUCAGCCCAAGAGGCCUCCUUUACGACAAUAUUUCAUUGAUGGAGAUUUUUAUAUUGGAGCCGCUCUUGGUACUACAUUAACAAAAUUGGGAAUGAGAUAUGCUGAAAUUUGGGAUGAACAAGAUCUAGUUAAAUCAAAUCAGUUUUGCGUUGAUUUAAUGCUCACUCUGACUUACAUUAUUAGAUUAGGGAAAUCGGGAAUUCCAUCUAAAGCAAUUGGAAUUGAUGAUGAAGAUAAAAUAUUGGAAAGUAUUAAAAUAUUAAAUGAUAGAAAUGCUGAAGUAGAAGAAAUUUACAUUAAAGAGUGCAGUAAAUCAUUAAGUGAAAUGCUGACCGCAAAAGAAGAUGAGGAAAGUAGUAACAAAAAAGCUAAAGAAAAACCAGGUCACAAUGUUAAUGUUGAUGACGCUAUAGUAUUUUUACGUACUAGCGGAAAUGGAACAGAAGGUACGGAAAAUGUCUUUGAGUUGAGCUUAACUCAAGCUGUAGCAGGUGGUGGGUCCAUUCAUCACAGCAAUAGUGAUGCGUCUAAUAGUCUUUCGUCCAAUAGUAAGCUUAACAAGGUUACUCAAUUGACUGGCUUUUCAGACCCAGUUUACGCUGAAGCUUAUGUACAUGUUAAUCAAUAUGACAUAGUUUUGGAUGUAUUGAUAGUUAACCAAACAGGUGAUACUUUACAAAAUUGUACACUUGAAUUAGCGACAAUGGGCGAUUUGAAGUUGGUGGAAAAGCCCCAACCAGUUGUUUUAGCUCCACAUGAUUUUUGUAAUAUUAAAGCCAGUGUUAAAGUUGCUUCAACUGAAAAUGGCAUAAUCUUUGGGAAUAUUGUGUAUGAUAUUGGUGGAGCGAUUGGAGAUCGUAAUGUUGUUGUAUUAGAUGACAUUCGCAUAGAUAUUAUGGAUUACAUAAUGCCUGCUGCAUGUAAUGAUUCUGAAUUCCGACAGAUGUGGACUGAAUUUGAAUGGGAAAACAAGGUUUCUGUUACUACUAGUUUAACAGAUUUAAAUGAAUAUCUAACACAUCUUCUGAAAAGUACAAACAUGAAAUGUCUGACCCCUGAAAAAGCAUUGUCUGGACAAUGCGGAUUUAUGGCUGCUAACUUGUAUGCAAGAUCCAUUUUUGGUGAAGAUGCUUUAGCUAACUUGAGUAUUGAAAAAGGUAUAGACAAGCCACAAGUUAGUGGGCAUAUAAGAAUUCGAGCAAAAAGCCAGGGUAUGGCUUUAAGUCUCGGUGAUAAAAUCAACAUGAUGCAAAAACGGCCAUACAAAGCUAAUGCUGCCUAAUGAUGUCGUCAUGAAGUUCGAAGUUAAAUUAAUUCCCCUUAAGUGUUUAAUUAUUACUUGUAUUAUAAUUUAUACUUAUAUUAUCGGCUUAUAUGUAUUAGAAAAAUAUUAUAUUAUGUUAAUCAUUUUAUUUAAAAUUUAAAAAUAACAAAGACAUUGUUCGUUUUGGAACUUAAGGAA